GUAUAAAUAGUAUAUUUUUUCGUCGAAGAGGGUUCGGCCAAAUCCCCGAACAGAAGGCUAGCUCCGCCCCCUCAUUUGAUCUUUGCUUAAAUAUUUAAAUUUUCUCUCCAACUUUCCAGGUCUUUACUUAGUGAAGUAUAGAAGAUGAAGGCUGGUCCGGCAGAGCUCUUUGACAGAUUUCGAAGAUAUGUUCUACCAAUCGCGACGUUACUGCUCUUACUAAAGACUUGUUUCUCUUCAUUUGAUACUACCACUGAUUCUUUUCUGCAAAAUCUUGAAUCGAGUCUCAAUGGAUCAUCACUCCCUGUUGAUCAGCCAGAGCGUAAGGCCGUUAACCAAAUGCUGUCUCCGGGAACUACUAGCACUAACAAUUCAGAAAAGGGAUCGAUAAAGCAGCAAACAUGUAACAUCUUUGUGGGAAAAUGGGUGCCAUAUCCAAAGGGACCAUAUUAUACAAAUGAGACGAACUGUGUGAUCGAUGAUCGAGAGAAUUGCAUGAAGUAUGGAAGGCCUGAUAGUGAUUUCAUACACUGGAGAUGGAAGCCAGAUGAUUGUGAGUUGCCACUUUUUGAUGCUAGUCAAUUCUUGGAAAUUGUUCGUGGCAAGACUUUGGCUUUUGUUGGAGACUCCCUAGGAAGAAAUCAAAUGCAAUCACUGGUGUGCCUUCUAGCUAGUGCAGCCAUUCCUGUAGACGCAUCGGAGACUACGGACACAAGAUUCAGGCGAUGGUUGUAUAAAGAUUACAACUUCACAAUCUUAGCCCUGUGGUCUCCACAGCUGAUCAAAUCCAACUUAUCUGAUCCUAACGGUGAUCCCUAUUACGGUAUCAUGAAUCUGUAUCUGGACAAGGCUGAUGAUGUCUGGGUAAAUCAGGUUGACAAAAUUGAUAUUGUCAUAAUCUCUGGAGGGCAAUGGUUCUUUAGGCCAUUUUUGUUCUACGAAAAUGAUCAGCUCGUCGGAUGUCACAAAUGCAAUGAAACAAAUGUUACAAAACACACACAUUAUUAUGGAUACAGAAUGGCGUUUCGUACAGCUUUCAAGACCUUAUUAAGCCUCAAGAAGUUAAAAGGUCGAUUGGUAAUGCUAAGGCCAUUUUCCCCUGCACAUUUUGAGCAUGGGGGAUGGAACACCGGAGGGCAUUGCAAUAGAACAAGACCCUUCAACAAUCAAGAAAUGAAGCUGGAUGGAUAUGAAUUGAAGAUGUAUAUGACUCAAUUGGAGGAAUUCAAGGCAGCAGAAAGGGAAGGUAGAAAAAGGGGUGUCAAAUUCAGAUUGCUAGAUACAACUAAAGCAAUGGUGAUGAGACCAGAUGCACAUCCUAAUCACUAUGGACAUUGGCCACAUGAAAAGAAACUACCUGAUUGUGUGCAUUGGUGUAUGCCAGGCCCUGUUGAUACUUGGAAUGAGCUUUUGUUAGCCACUUUAAAGAUGGAAAGAGAUGGAUUUAUCCAGACAUAGAAACAAAAUAUAAUGCUUACGAAUUAUUUGGAAAUAACUCUUCAAAUGUCUCUGUAAUAUGUUUUAGGAAAGGUUUAAGUCAUGUUUUAGGCCACAGUUACCUAUUUGAUAGGUAAUCUGUCUUAUAUAUCAAGAUUAAAAAUUUCACUUUU